CACUUCUAAACCUCGCCCCGUUUCUCUGAUCUUCCCUGCCAGCGACGAAGGAGUCGGAGAUGUCAGUGUUGAUCGUGACAAGCUUAGGAGACUUGGUGAUUGAUUUACACACCCAAAAGUGCCCCUUGACCUGCAAGAACUUCUUGAAGCUUUGCAAGAUUAAGUACUACAAUGGCUGUCUAUUCCACAAUGUUCAAAGGGAUUUCACUGCUCAGACCGGUGAUCCAACUGCAACUGGAACCGGUGGUGAUUCCAUCUACAAGUUUCUUUAUGGUGAACAAGCUCGGUUUUUCAGUGAUGAAAUUCAUAUUGAUCUGAAGCAUUCUAAGACUGGAACAGUUGCCAUGGCAAGUGCAGGAGAGAAUCUGAAUGCUUCACAGUUUUAUUUCAGUCUGCGGGAUGACCUUGAUUACCUUGAUGGGAAGCACACAGUUUUUGGUGAGGUAGCUGAAGGAUUUGAGACUUUGACUAGAAUAAAUGAGGCAUAUGUGGAUGAGAAGAGCAGACCAUAUAAAAAUAUAAGAAUCAAGCACACAUACAUCCUGGAGGAUCCUUUUGAUGAUCCUCCUCAGCUAGCCGACCUCAUUCCUGGAGCUUCACCAGAAGGAAAACCUAAAGAGGAGGUUGAUGAUGAUGUGCGACUUGAAGAUGAUUGGGUGCCCAUGGAUGAACAAUUAAACCCAGCAGAGCUUGAGGAGGUUAUUAGAACAAAGGAAGCACAUUCUAGGGCAGUUGUACUUGAGAGUAUUGGUGAUAUUCCUGAUGCUGAGAUUAAGCCUCCAGACAAUGUACUAUUUGUCUGUAAAUUGAACCCGGUUACUGAGGAUGAGGACUUGCAUACAAUAUUUUCACGCUUUGGAACUGUGUCAUCGGCUGACAUCAUCCGUGAUCAAAAGACUGGUGACAGUUUAUGCUAUGCUUUCAUAGAGUUUGAGGACAAACAGGCUUGUGAGCAGGCAUAUUUUAAGAUGGAUAAUGCUUUGAUUGAUGAUCGAAGGAUACAUGUGGAUUUUAGUCAAAGUGUGUCAAAACUGUGGUCACAAUAUAAGCGGAAAGAUCAAAAGGGUAAAGGUGGUGGUUGCUUCAAAUGUGGUUCUACUGAUCAUAUUGCUAAGGAUUGCACUGGAGAUGCUAAACAACAAUCUGCAAAAUACAUCUUGAAGGACAAUAAUGUCCAACGUGGCGGAGAUAAUGCAAGAUACGAAAUGGUUUUUGAAGGGGAUAACCCUGAAAGUCCUAGGCGAGAUACAAAACACCAAAGGCAUGACCGGGAUGACCGAGUUGAGAAAACAGGUAGAAAGGAAAACUUUAAAGAUCAUAUUCAUAGAGGUCGUAGGGAUCCGGAGAUGGUGGGCUCAAACAACAGAGAUAGGUAUGGUGAUAGAAGCCGAGGGAAUGAGGGAAACGGAGAUGAUAAAUCUCGAUCUGAAAGAGGUGCAAGAGAUACAAGAGAUUCGGGUUCGCAUGCCAACACAAGACAGAGAGAUGAUGACUACAGGCGUGAAGAUGAACUAGACUCGAGAAAAAGAGACUUGGAUGAUAGCUACACAGAAAGACGGGCUAGUCGUGAUGAUAGAAGAAAAACAGAUACUGAUCAUAUGGACAGAAAGAAUGACAGAGAUUAUAGGAGGAGAACUGAAGACAGUGGAAGGGAAGAUGUGAAGAUUGAUUCCAGACGAAGAAAACGAAGCCCGGAUGAUAAAGAUUACAAACAUAGAAGGGAAGAUGAAGAUUACAGACGCAGAAGGGAUGAACGUAGAGACAGGAGACAAGAUACUGAAUCUGAUGAAUAUUCUCAUCGAAGGCAUCAUGGUGAUAGGGGAUGAUUGUUGGUGUCAUCAUAUCCUAAGCUUAUAACUAUUUUCAAUGCUUUGUAACGUUUAGUUUAACUAACAUGCGUGUAAUACAAAAGGAACAGUUUUAUUUUGUUUAUUUUUUUUAGCCUGCGAAUCCACCGCCGGCAGCCAUGACUAAUUCCCUCACCGUUGGUGUUCGCACUAAGCGGUAAACAACUGGUCACAAUAUGUGUUUCAUUCUCAUGGGUGAGGAUCGAACUUUCACCCUCAUGGUUAAAAGACGAAGUGAGCUAACUGCUAUAUUAGACCUUGUGGUUUUAUUUUGUUUUA